AUGAUCAUUCCAGGGUUCCAAAAUAUGGGACAUGCCAGUUGGCUAACGCGUCACUGUAAUGAUAUUGCAGACCACGCAGAUAGAAAAAUAUUCUUAGCUGCUAGAGCAUCGUCGUUACCAAGACUUCGAGCGCUUAGAUUCGAGUUUGUAGGACCGAGAGAGACACAUAUUAAGGAUUCGGAGAGAGAAGUUGAGUUGCCCAAGACUUGGUUUGGAAUGCGGCAUGCCGAACGUGAUUAG